GCGUCCACGCACCAUUUUCCCAGGCGUUGUGCGGGUUUCUUAAACAGCCCAGCUGCUGCCUCAAAAAGGAGUUUCUAGAAGCUCCUUCUCUGCUGCUUCCCCUCCCCCCACCUCCCCGCCUUUUCUCGGUUUUUACCCCCGCGAGGAGCUUCUCCAGCUCCACUGCGUCUGCCCUCCGAGGGGCACAGGUGCCGCGGUCCCGGCUACUGCCGCCCGGUCCGCCGACGCUGCCUCCUUCGGGCGGGCCCCAGGGGCUUCACCAGGCGCUGGUGCAACGCGAACGGUCUCCCGCUGGGUGCUGCGGCCGCUGCCGGUCGCCCGGGACUCCCCGCCCUCCCGCGCGACCCCGCGCCCGGGCGGGCGGCGCUUGCGGCGGGCGGGGGGCGGGGAGGGGAGCGGGGGCUCGUCUGGGGGUAGCCGCCUCCUCUGCAGCCUUCUGGCGCCUCGAAACCCGGACCUGCCUCCGCCUCUUCCUUCAGCGACUCCAUCCCUCCUCCCGCGCCUCGUCGUCCCGCCGCCCCCGCCGACGCGCCCCCGGUGGCUGCCUCGGCGGACCCGGGAGGGGGCCCGCCGCGUCCGCCGCCCGCUCGGCUCGGCCCGGCCCGGGAGGCGUGCAUGCCCCUGCUGCCCGCCGCGCUCACCAGCAGCAUGCUCUAUUUCCAGAUGGUGAUCAUGGCAGGGACGGUGAUGCUGGCGUACUACUUCGAGUACACCGACACGUUCACCGUGAACGUGCAGGGCUUCUUCUGCCACGACAGCGCCUACCGCAAGCCCUACCCGGGCCCGGAGGACAGCAGCGCCGUGCCCCCCGUGCUCCUCUACUCGCUGGCCGCCGGGGUCCCCGUGCUCGUGAUAAUAGUGGGAGAAACUGCAGUGUUUUGCCUACAACUGGCCACACGGGAUUUUGAAAACCAGGAGAAAACUAUUUUAACUGGAGAUUGUUGCUAUAUAAACCCACUGGUGCGGCGAACUGUACGAUUUCUGGGUAUUUAUGCGUUUGGGCUCUUUGCUACCGAUAUUUUUGUAAACGCCGGGCAGGUGGUCACAGGGAAUCUGGCUCCACAUUUUCUUGCCCUGUGUAAGCCCAACUAUACGGCGCUUGGAUGUCAGCAGUAUACACAGUUCAUCAGUGGGGAAGAGGCCUGCACGGGCAACCCAGAUCUCAUCAUGAGAGCCAGGAAGACGUUCCCAUCCAAAGAAGCGGCUCUCAGCGUCUAUGCAGCCAUGUAUCUGACAAUGUACAUUACCAACACAAUCAAAGCUAAAGGAACAAGACUUGCUAAGCCCGUUUUAUGUUUGGGCUUAAUGUGUUUGGCCUUUCUUACUGGACUCAACAGAGUAGCAGAAUAUCGAAAUCAUUGGUCGGAUGUGAUAGCAGGCUUUCUGGUUGGAAUAUCUAUAGCAGUAUUUCUGGUUGUGUGUGUGGUAAAUAAUUUCAAAGGAAGACAACCAGAAAAUGAACAUAUACACAUGGAUAAUCUGGCACAGAUGCCAAUGAUCAGCAUUCCUCGAGUAGAAAGUCCCUUGGAAAAGGUAACAUCUGUACAGAACCAUAUCACCGCCUUUGCAGAAGUCACAUGAUAGUGAAGCAGAUGGUUUGUCACUGCAUUGGACAUCGUCCCUGUUCACUGUCCACUCAUAACACCCAAAGUUUGUUUGAUUACAACAGAAGUUUAUGAAGUUGUCUAAUAAUUUUUAUAUUUUAAAAUCAGUGUCAACUCAUCUGUUUCCCCCACUAGACUGUGAGCUCCUCAAGGGCAGGACUGUGUCUUUCUUCUCUGUAUCCCCAGCACCUACAACAAAGCCUCGCACAAAGUAGGUGUUAAAUAAAAUGUGAUGACCCAAUGAAAAGAUUAAUUCUUAAAUAAAAUACUCAUAUUAGUCUCUCGCAGAAUCACCGAUAACUAUGUGAAAAGAAAUUUACACAAGUCAUCUUGUAUAAGAAAUCUCUCCAUUUGGGGCUAGUUAAGUUUUUUAGUUGUUCGUAGAUCUAUUCAGCAGUAUACUACAUUUCAUUUGAAGUGGACUUUGAAAGUCAUGGGGGUUUUAUGUUAUUAUUCAGCAUGACAUUAUUUCCAUUCUAACAGAUUUCAGUGUGUGAAAUUCCUUUACUUUUAGAAGGUAUGUUCUAUACUAAAAUAAUGUUUGCACAUAAUAUUAUGCUAUAUUUCACUUAAAUUACCAUUCAUACUAUACAUUCUAAGACUGGUGCUUCUGCUUUUGAAGGGGAAAAUGCCAAUUUUUACUGUAAUAAGUAAUGUAUCAUAAUUAAAAAUUAUUUAUUUGGACUUUU